GUUUCACAGAAAAAAAAACAAAAAACGCAGUUUUAAAUAAAGAAGUUUCUUUUUUCCCUGGGUUUAGUUGAGAAUUCUUUUCAAAAACAUGAGAACUUUUUUUCUCUCAUAAAGCCCCAAACAGGAUUUUCCCCUGAGUUCCCCGGCCUUGACCUCACCACCCAGGCCCCAGGUUUCACCCCUGCCUCCUCUCCAUGGGAAACAGCCAGACCUGAACCCUGUUGCCUAGCAACCUCGCCUAGUCGUCCAGUAGCCCUGGGUGGUCUGGUGCAAUAGGUUGGGGGUCCUGAGGGGAUGAAGAGACCCUAGGAGAUGCACUCCCCACCCCCAUGGAUGUGGCUGUACCCAGAGGCUGGCAGUGCCCAGGGGUGGGGUGACAGCUGUUUCUCCCAGUACCUGAAGGACUCUUGUCUGAGAGAGGCAUGAAUUCCUAGCAUUCCCUGUGACGGGACAAGACGGGGGAGAUGGGGGCAGGGGAGAGGGUACAAGCCCCACCUAGGGUGGUGGCCACAGCAGCAAGGGGCGGACAGAGCCAGGAGCCUGGGAAGGAAGCAGGAUGGCAGCAGGGGCAGCAGCUGGAGCCUGGGUGCUGGUCCUCAGUCUGUGGGGGGCAGUAGUAGGGGAUCAAAACAUCACAGCCAGGAUCGGGAAGCCACUGGUGCUGAACUGUAAGGGGGCCCCCAAGAAACCACCCCAGCAGCUGGAAUGGAAACUGGUAAGUGGGGGAGGCCCCUGGGAUAGCGUGGCUCGUGUCCUCCCCAACGGCUCCCUCCUCCUGCCGGCUGUUGGGAUCCAGGAUGAGGGGAGUUUCCGGUGCCGGGCAAUGAGCCGGAAUGGAAAGGAGACCAAGUCCAACUACCGAGUCCGAGUCUAUCAGAUUCCUGGGAAGCCAGAAAUUGUUGAUCCUGCCUCUGAACUCAUGGCUGGUGUCCCCGAUAAGGUGGGAACAUGUGUGUCCAAGGGGGGCUACCCUGAAGGGACUCUUAGCUGGCACUUGGAUGGGAAAACCCUGAUACCUGAUAGCAAAGGAGUGUCUGUGAAGGAAGAGACCAAGAGACACCCUGAGACAGGGCUUUUCACACUCCGUUCGGAGCUGAUGGUGACCCCAGCCCGGGGAGGAGCUCCCCACCCCACCUUCUCCUGUAGCUUCAGCCCUGGCCUUCCCCGGCGCCGAGCCCUGCACACGGCCCCCAUCCAGCUCAGGGUCUGGGAGCCUGUGCCACUGGAGGAAGUCCUGUUGGUGGUGGAGCCAGAAGGUGGAGCAGUAGCUCCUGGUGGUACCGUGACCUUGACCUGUGAAGCCCCUGCCCAGCCCCCUCCUCAAAUCCACUGGAUCAAGGAUGUGAGUGACCUGGAGAGGGGGCUGGCAGGUAGCAAGAGGCGAGGAGGGGCCAACCGCAGGCUCUGUGGAAGGGCCGGAGCUGGGAACUCUAGCCCUGGCCCUGGGGAUCCUGGGAGGCCUGGGGACAGCCGCCCUGCUCAUUGGGGUCAUCAUGUGGCAAAGGCGGCAACGCAGAGGAGAGGAGAGGAAGGUCCCAGAAAACCAGGAGGAGGAAGAGGAGGAGCGCACGGAGCUGAAUCAGCCCGAGGGGCCUGAGGCAGCAGAAAGCAGUGCAGGAGGGCCUUGAGAAGCCCACAGCCAGACCCCAUCCAUCAGCUCCCUUUUUUUUUCCCACCCUCUUUUCUGGCCCCAGACCAGUUCUCCCCUGUAUAAUCUCUACCCCACCUCCCCAAACUUUCUUCCACAACCAGAGCCUCUCACAAACAGUGAUGAGUAAACACCUGACACAUUUG